AAUCUCAACAGUUACCGAGAUGAGGUCUUCGCAACUACUUGUGCUUAUAGGCUGUAUUUCCUGGCUCUUGCUUUGCGAUAGUAACUCAAUGGGUAAGGACACAUGGCUGCGUCCUGGGUGCCACAAAGUUGGAAAUACUCGAAAAAUGUCUAUCCCUGAUUGCGUUGAGUUUACCAUUACAACAAAUGCGUGUCGCGGAUUCUGCGAGUCCUUCUCGGUACCUGCAAUUCCCUUAAUGGGUGCAUCGGCUUCCGUUUUAUUUAAAACGCCCAAACCAGUGGUGAGCGUUGGACAAUGCUGCAACAUGAUGAAAUCAGAGGAGAUACAACGACGUGUGCUAUGUAUUGAAGGAAUACGUAAUGUGACUUUUAAAAGUGCAUUGUCGUGUAGUUGUUAUCACUGCAAAAAAGAUUAGACGAGAACAGAAUUAUAUACCUGAGCCAUUUCUUAAUACCAUUUUUAUUUACAUUUUUAAUUAUAACAUAAUAGCAAAUAUAAAUAAACAUGAUACUUAUUCAGUGGUGCUCUGUAAAUCGCAUCAGCAUCAAAAUUCUGAAAACAAGAAAAA